CAGAGUUGACUCGUUCUAAGAGAGAGGAAGGUAUCACUUCAGCUGCUGCUGAGUGAACAGUGAUGUACGUGGCGCCAUCUGUGGACGGUAGACACUCCAUGUUGCAUCUGCUCUUACUAACUAUAAUGGGGCCGGCGCGGGCGGAGGUAUCGCAGGGGGCGGCGCGGGCGGAGGUAUCUCUGAUUCACGAAGGGGCGGUGGGCGGCUCAGCCUGGAGGUACUCCCUCCUGGCCUCCACCUCCGCCCUCACCUGGGACGAGGCACGGACCGCCUGUGAGGCAGUACCUGGUUCCAUGUUGGCGAGAGUGGAGGCGUGGCGGGCUGAGGCAGCGCUGGAACAUUACCUCAACAUCAUUCACUUCACGGAGGUCGUAUGGCUGGCCAACAGACAGACCCUCCCUCAAGUGUUGGAGGACGAGCAGCGGGAGAUGAAGCAUGUGGGGAGUGUGGGCGGCAGUGCUGACGAUGUGGAAGGCGACCUUACCAUGGGCGGAGACGUGGGCGUGACUCUGCGGUGUGCCGUGUACAGGGUGGGCGUGGGCGUGGUGCACGAGCUGUGCUCUGCCGGCACUGUCUCUGCAGCACUUUGUGUACAACGCUUGUCUACUGAGAGGCCGUUCUCGACUUCUUGUCCUGCCUCUGCUAACCGUCAGUGGAUCUUAGUGACAAGACAAAGUGACAAGAUCAACGUGAGUGUAGUGGGCCUGCAGCAGUGCCCCCAGCAGCACAUCCUAGGUGCCACUGCUUGCCAUCCUCAGAGAGGGUGGCUGCACACUGACUGCCCUGACCAGACAACAACACCAAAACACAAAAAGAAAUUUAUUAAAAAAUUGCGAAGAAGUCACCGCCAGCUAGACAAGGAUCGGACCUUACACAAAAUAUCUCGCAAUCUUAACGCCAAUGAUGGGAAUGUUCAGGAAGUCCAGUAUUUUGAAGACUCCUCCAGUCUCCAGAGAAAAAGAAGCAAGAGAAAGGCUCUAGAAAGUGACUCCAGCUCAAAUGAAAGUCUAAGAUCACACAAUCCAGAGAAUUCCACUGAACUUAUGACUCAACCCCAUGAAGAUAAAUGCAGCAAUGUUACUUUCAAGGAAGAACAAAUACAAGUGGCUGAAGACCCUGUCAGUCAGCAAAUAAAUAGUUCCUCAGUCUCUGAUGACACAACACAUCAACAUCUCAUAGAUAUGGUAAAGCCAUGUAACAUGGAGAUCACCCAUGAAGGAACAGACCCAAAAAUAAAUGAAGGUAAACUUCCAAACACUUCCGGUGCAAACACUGAUGAGAAUAUUGAAGGAUACAAACAAAGUGAGGAUGAUUCAUUACCACGUAACAGACAUAGUCAGAAUGCAGAAAACCACGAUGAACAAAAUUAUUUCAGCGCUUCAGGAAGGUCUGAUUCUAGCAUUUCACUAACCGUGGGGCCGAUCUUUGUUCAUGAUCCCGAGGCAGCAGGAACUUUAGUAAAAGAAGAUUCAGCUUUAGACCCAAGGAAUGAAACAAUAAACAAUGAAACAGCAUUCAUGGCAGAACAAGAACAUUUGAAUAAUGAAACUGAAAGAGAGAGAAUGGAAAGCAGCGCACCCACAGGAGAACAAGCCAACAUUUUUCCCAUGUUGGCAGAAUAUGCCCGGCCUGAACAAACCCCUAGUUUCAACAACACUGAGAAAGAGCCUCAUGGUCCGAACUUAAGUGCCAGCAACACAGAAAGCCCAAAAGUAGCUACUUUCACACCAGCAUUACCCGUAUUAUCAACCAUUUUUCCUACAGCCACGAGCCAACUUCAGGAAAUACAGACUACAACAGAGAGUGAAGAACCAAUCGUACAAGACUCUCACGACAGCACGAGAAAUGGAAGAAAUCCUUCAAAUCAUUCUGAGAGUGGUAGGGAACAUGUCGGUGUGUCUCAUCAAGGUGAAGCAAAAGGGGAUGAUGACAACACAAGUAAUAUGACAGUACAGGACGAGAGAGCAGAGUCUUCUGUAUUAGACCACUCAUCCUGUCGUGGCAAGGAAGAUAUGGGUGGCAAACAUGACAUGGCCGACAUGCAUUACACAGAUGACAAGCAUGACAUGGGUGACAUGCAUGACACAGGUGAUAAGCAUGAUACAGGUGACAAGCAUGACAUGGGUGACUUACAUGACACAGGUGACAAGCAUGACACUAAUGACAAGCAUGAUAUGGGUGACAAGCAUGAAAUGGGUAACAUGCAUGAUACAGGUGACAAGGACGUGGGUGACAAGCAUGACGUGGGUGACAAGCAUGAUACCGGUGACAAGCAUGACAUGGGCGACAAGCAUGACAUGGGUGACAAGCAUGACAUGAGUGAUAAGCAUAUGAGUGACAAGCAUGACACGGGUGACAUAGACACAGGUGACAAGCAUGGCACUGAUGACAAGCAUGACACUGAUGACAAGCAUAAUAUGGGUGACAAGCAUGAUAUGGGUGACAAGCAUGACAUGGGUGACAUGUAUGACACAGGUGACAAGGACAUGGGUGACAAAUUUGACAUGGAUGACAAGCAUGACACGGGUGACAGGUGUGAUACGAGUGACAAGCAUGACAUGGGUGACAUGCAUGACACAGAUGACAAACAUGACAUGGGUGACAAGCUUGACAUGGGUGACAUACAUGAUACAGAUGACAAGAAUGACACAGAUGACAAGCAUGACAUGGGUGACAAGCAUGACAUGGUUGACAGGCAUGACAUGGGUGACAUGCCAGACACAGAACUAAAGUAUGACACGGAAUUAAAGCAUGACACAGAUGCUAAGCAUGACGUGGAUGACAACCUAGGCAUGAUUAACAAGUCGGAUAUGAGUAACAAGCCAAGCAUAAGUGACAAGCCUGACAUGGGUGACAAGCCAAGCAUGGGUGACAAUCAUGUCAUAGGUGACACAUGGAGUAAGCACAGAAACACAUCUAUGGAAUCACUUGACCCAAAAAGUACCAGCUUAGAACAGCAGACUACACACGCUGACAGCAGUGACCACAACAGACACAAUACCAGCUCAGAGCAGCAGACUACACACACUGACAGCAGUGACCACAACAAACACAAUACCAGCUCAGAGCAGCAUACUACACACACUGACAGCAGUGACCACAACAAACACAAUACCAGCUCAGAGCAGCAGACUACACACACUGACAGCAGUAACCACAGCAGACACAAUACCAGCUCAGAGCAGCAGACUACACACACUGACAGCAGUAACCACAACAGACACAAUACCAGCUCAGAGCAGCAGACUACACACGCUGACACUGGCAGCGACCAUCGCAAACAUGGCCAAGGUACACGACUUCUCAUUCGGCAAAUAUUCAGAGAUUUAUUUGGGUAAGAUCUAGAUCUGUGAGGGUCAUACAGCUUCUGUGGAAUGGGAGGCAAUCAGGUGUGUGUGGAAUAUUUUGAGAAGGUGGCUACGUGUCAGUACGUAAGUAAGUUUAUUCAGGUAUACACAAAUACAGUUACAUAGAAUUAUCAUACAUAGCAGCAUAUGUGUAGAGAACCUAGGAUAACCCAAAAAAGUCAGACAGAGUGACUUAUUUCCAUACUCAACGUAGAUAGUACUAGGUUGUUCGCUUUUUAAUGUUAAAAGUGAGUUUUAAUGGAGAAGACUGUCAUCACCAUCCAUGGGCCACUUCACCACUCACUGUACCAGCCAUGACCCACCUCACUACUUACUGCACCAGCCAUGGGCCAUCUCACCACCUACUGCACCAGCCAUGGACCACCUCACCACUUGCUGCACUUGUCAUGGGACACCUCACCUCUUACUGCACCAGCCAUGGGCCACCUCACCACUCACUACACCAGCUAUGGACCACCUCACCACUCACUACAUCAGCUAUGGGCCACUUCACCACUCACUACACCAGCUAUGAGCCACCUCACCACUCACUACACCAGUUAUGGGCCACCUCACCACUCACUUCAGCUAUGAGCCACCUCACCACUCACUACACCAGUUAUGGGCCACCUCGCCACUCACUACACCAGCUAUGGACCACCUCACCACUCACUACAUCAGCUAUGGGCCACUUCACUACUCACUACACAAGCUAAGGGCCACCUCACCACUCAAUACACCAGCUAUGGGCCACCUCACCACUUAACUACACCAGCCAUGGGCCACUUCACCACUCACACCUUGUAUUUCAUCUCCCCACAAAAUCGUAACAUGUAGCAUGAUCUAUAUUUGGCGAGUGUUACAUUAAGAAGUGGCUACUUGGCAUGUGUUAAACUACUUUUAUACCUCAUAUAUACUCAGUUUAGUAUCUUUAUUAUACACCCCAUGCCCAUCCUGUGGGUCGUCAACCAAAUAUUUUUCUGCCUGAACCGAUAUUUUUAGUAAAUAAAUGUUUGACCAAAUAUUUGGCUGGUGGAACCAAUUUUGUUCCACAGAUUUAAUGCAUCACCUACGUUAGAUCUUCAUUUCUCUUUAACCUUCACUUGGCAUUCGGUAGUGUUUGUUAGUUCCGUGUUUACUCUCAUUCUGGCACUAGUGACGCAUCCCUGUGAUAAAUUUCUUAAAGAACGCCGUGUCCUUUACACCUUAGGAAGGCAUUUGUCCACAGCCAUUUCGUGUCCCAUAGCUCAAUACAUUGUUAUCAACACAUGUUAAUGUAAUCCAUGUUAUCGAUUAUAAUUAUAAUAACAACUUGCAAUUAAACAAUACCAGGGAGGUAGUACUUUCCUGUCAUGUGUGUGAAAUAGGAUCAGUUGAAGCUUCUGCACUCUGGCAGGCUUGUUGAUUUUUUCUGUCUCAUGGAUAAGUUAGCUGCAACUCUUACAAACUUUUACUUAAAUUCACUAUAUAUUUAGCUAUACUUCUCUGUGUCUUAGUUUUCUCAUUCACGUGUUACUUCUUUUUUAACGGAUAUAUACUACUAUGAAAACAGAUUUAAAAUACACUAAGACCAUAAGUCAUCAUAAGAGUAAUGACUAGAAGAGAGGGACUGAGGGCAGGGAGUAGAUGGGUAAGCACGAAAUGAUAGAAAAUAGUUAUAGGUAAUCAGCAGGAGAUAAAUGAGUUGCCUAUCCAUUCUUUAAGGUAAACUUUUUGUUAAUAAUUUAAAUGAAGAGUUCACUUCUAGGGGUGGGUGGUUUAGCGUCCCUCUUAUGUUGAAGGCUGGACUAGGUCUUAAGUGGGUCCAUUCUGCACAUGUUGGAAGCACUCAGUCUCGCACUAUAAUAAUAAUAAUAAUAAUAAUAAUAAUAAUAAUAAUAAUAAUAAUAAUAAUAAUAUCUUUAUUUGCUACAAGUACAUGUACAAAGUAUACAGGCCUAGCUGACAUCAAUGACAUACUAUUACAUAGAAAGCUGCUUGUUAUCAGGGUACAUCGGGCAAAUUAGGUCAAUUUUGUCCCAGGAUACGACCCACACCAGUCGACUAACACCCAGGUACCUAUUUUACUGAUGGGUGAUAUAGACAACCGAUGUAAGGAAACACGUCCGAUGUUUCCACCCUUUCGCCGGGAAUCGAACCCGGACCCUCACCAUGUGAAGCAGAGAGCUUUUGCCACCAGACCACGGGGCACCGUAUGUAGUGAUAAAAUACUGUAUUUGUUUCCUGUAGGUUUGUCUAUCUUCGAGGAUGUCUAAGACUUUUUGGAAGAUGUUGAAUGAUGGAUAGUAGGCAUAUUUGAUUCUGCCACUACAGAGUCCUCGGCAAAGAGUUCAUGGAGUGUAUUUCGUGGUGUAAACGCAAUCGUAGAAGAUUUUUUUUCGUUAAAGGGAACCGUUUGGCUGGUGCCGGAUCUUAUGUAGGGUCGCUGACUUUUUUUUUU